UCGCCGGACAUCCGCAGUGACGCAAAUUCUCUCGCUCGCUCGCUGUCUCCGGGCUGGAUCCAAACUGUUCCCCCUCUGAUUGACAGGACCCUGCUCAAAUUAAAGAUCACAUGUGAGGCACAUUUGCAGCAGGGCACGGCGUGGGUGGAGAAGGCGGGAGGGAGCCGUCAGUUUUGACAUUUUGCUUCCAGUAGCUGGGUCAUUUCGCUUUGCCAGCUUCAUGUGACAUCACCAGGGCCACUGUGAAUGGGGGAGCCCUAGAGGGAGGGGGUGGGUGGACAAACCAACGGGAUGGGGCUGCUAAAACACACUCAUUCUCCCCUCUCCCCGCAAAAAAUAAUGAAGGCAUCUUUUCGAUGAAUCGGCCAACAAAUUGGAGCUAAUAACGGAGACCCCUCCCGCGAGAGAGAGAGAGAGAGACUAACUGGACAAAAUGCAAAACAUUAGCGCAUCGAAUACCCGGAGGCCCCACACCUUGUAAAACAAAAACCAGCAGAGGAAAGUUUCUGAAAAGCUGCGAGGUUCGUGGCUGAAACAAAAUUAAACUCGGGUCCGUUCUGUUCUAGGGGAGUAGAGGAAGGGAAGGGGGAAAUUCCAGCGCUGUUAGAACUCUUCUCCUAUGGACGAACGCAACGCUCUCUCUCCCAAGGCGACUGCUUUCAGAAUUGCCUCUCUAAUUUCAGCGGCCGAGCAACCAGGAAACGAAGCGAUUCUGCAAAGUAUUGCCCUCGGCAAACACUUCGAGCUCGGCCUAACGUGCAGUAGGAUGCAUUUUAGCACCGUAACAAGAGACAUGGAAGGAAUAACUCGGGAAAUGAUAUCGGCCAUCUCCAGCCCUUGGCUAACGCAACUCUCCCAUUUUUGUGAUGUCGCAGCUUUUACUGCCAACAGCAUUAGUAGUCUCAACUCGUCGGGCGGUUAUCACCUCUCCCCUUCACCCGGGGACCCCGGCGCCUACACCCAGGAAGCACACUACGAGCCGUGCCCGGCCGCACAGCACAGCAGCUACAGCAGUUUUGGGAACAGUGGUUCGGCGACGUCCUCAGAGGCGGACACCGGCCCAUCCAACUGCGGAUCCGUCGCCGCGCCGGGCAAAGCACCGGUCAAGAAGAACCCGAAGGUGAUCAACAUCACGGUACAACUGGAGAUGAAAGCGCUGUGGGAUGAGUUUAACCAACUCGGGACCGAAAUGAUUGUCACCAAAGCGGGAAGGAGAAUGUUCCCGACUUUUCAAGUGAAGCUUUUUGGCAUGGAUCCCAUGGCUGACUACAUGCUGCUCAUGGAUUUUGUGCCGGUCGACGAUAAAAGAUACCGGUAUGCCUUCCACAGUUCCUCCUGGUUGGUAGCCGGAAAAGCAGACCCAGCGACCCCGGGAAGAGUGCAUUAUCAUCCCGAUUCCCCAGCCAAAGGCGCUCAGUGGAUGAAACAAAUUGUCUCCUUUGACAAGCUAAAACUAACCAAUAAUUUAUUGGAUGAUAACGGGCAUAUUAUCCUAAACUCAAUGCACAGAUAUCAGCCACGGUUUCACGUCGUUUAUGUUGACCCGAGGAAAGAUAGUGAGAAAUACGCCGAGGAGAACUUUAAAACGUUUCUAUUUGAGGAGACCAGAUUUACAGCGGUCACAGCGUAUCAGAAUCACCGGAUAACACAACUAAAAAUCGCAAGUAAUCCAUUUGCAAAAGGAUUCAGAGACUGUGAUCCGGAAGACUGGCCGAGGAAUCACAGACCAGGCUCUUUACAGUUAAUCAGCGCUUUCACCAGAAACCGGAACCCGGUGUCUUCACCGCAACAGAACGGCAGUGAUAAAGAUGCGGACACCAGAAGCGACUAUGACCGGGACCCUAACCGGACAGCUAUGCACGCGGAACAUCCACAUCAGCAGCAGAUCAUGUCCAGGGUGCUGAGUCCGGCUCUCCCCGGUGGACUCCAUCCGCUCACUCGCCCAAGCCCCCCUCACGAACUGCGACUGGACCCCCACACGCAAGCACCGGACAGCCUCCACCACACCUACAAGUACCGCUCAUACCAUGACACCUAUAUCGGCGCCAAACCCAGGCCGAGCCCCUACCCGCUGCCUGGUAUAGCGAGUCACGGUUACCACCACAUGAACCCAGCUGCGAACAUGUACCCUGGGAGCACUGCGCCCACUAACUAUGACUAUGGGCACAGAUAGACACAAGGAUUUUCUGCUAUGUACUUACAAUUUUUAAAAGGAACUACUAGUGCUGCAAACUAAAGAAGAUGCACAAAAAUGGGGAAAUAUCUGUUUGGUUUCUUUAAUUGAACUGUUACUACGGUUUGCAGUUCAGGAAAAAAAAAUCCACCUUGGUGAGACUGGGACACGCUCAGAUUGAAUGACUUUGCGGGGUCAAGUUGAUUGAUAGCCCACUGACCAAUCACAGUGCAGCUAGGUGGAGGGCGUUGGCGGUGAUUGGAUUUUAAGUGGGCGGGUCUAAAGCAAGAGUUUUCUUACUCUGGAGUAUGAUUGGUUGGUUUAUUUUUUUGACUGUUUGAUACAGUGGUUCACCAAUCACUUGUGCAUCGUGGUAGAUUGACUGAUCUGGUUAUCCAAUUGGAAGAUGGUGCCGGUUACUUCUAGCAUCCCAUUGGCUCCCGGGGCGGCCUAGUCCCACGUGGCUGGUUGACAAGUGGCUUCAGCGAACUGACUGCACUGAGAACUGUGGAGAAAACGCGUACACAGGCAACUGGAGGUUAAUUUUAUUUUCUGUGAACGGCAAAGGUGUCGAGUUGCACUUUCAGCUUUGAGAGAAGCCAUAGAUUAUUUAGAAUGGAGACAGCGGUGACAAUUUCACGAUGGCACGAACUUAGCCACGUAGUCAAAAGUUUAACAUCGUUUCAUUUCAAAAAAGUGUGCAUUAUCAAUGGCUGUAUCAUUAAGUUAGUACAGUCGCAUGAAUGUGUGUUGAUACCUGUUGAUAUAGAGAAAUAAAACCGAGCGCAGUACAUCAUAUUCACAGUCCAUGUAUUACAGUAUUGUGGGGCAGGGUAGCAAAGCGGUUGCGUUACUGGAGUAGUAAUCCAAGGCCCUAAACUUUCAUGCAUAGACAUGUUCGAAUCUCAACACGGCAGCUGAAGAACCUAAAAAGUAAAUGCAUUCUUGAAUGGAAAAUACUGGUAAUGGUGACCAUGCCACCUUUGGAUGAUCUUUAAAACAAAAGUCCUAUCCAUUUAGGCAAGGAGGCUGCCGUCCUCAACUGGUUUGGUUUAUUUGUGACCCCUGUCCCGAAGUAACGUGGUUAACUCCUUAACUGCCCUCUGAAAUGGCCCAGGCAGCUUGUCAGUACAGGGAUAUUUUAGGGAUGGGCAAGAAAUGUCAGCGGCGCCCAAAUCCCACGAAAAAAACUCAUUUCAGAACACAUGGAUAUAUUAGCUUCAACAUAAUAUGCAAUGCAACUAUAAAGCUACCUACUGAUCCAAGCAUUUGUAAUAUUCUAAUUUAAAACUAUAUAUGUAUAUAUAUAUUUCUCUAGUUUUGUGUGCAGAUUGCAACUAAAUAUUAUAUUUGGGAAAUGGAUAUAUUUACAUGUAUUUUGUGUUACUCUCAACAUAGAGGCAGGUGCGUUAGACAAUUCUAACCCAGGUUUCAAGGCAUUGUUUCCAAGUUCAGAUUUUAAAUCAUUUGUAUUUUCUGUCUAUUCUGGUAUCUUUCAAAGGAUGCCUUAUUUUUUGCAUGUAUUCUAAAACAGGAGGAAAGUCAAGAAAUGUCUCCAUCUAGUCGGUAUUUUUCUGUAACGCCGUGUUGUUAUUUGGUAACACAAAAGGUUGGAUAUUAGCAAUUUAAAUUAGUGCCAAAGUCUGGUCACGCUGAUUUUAUCGCGGAAUGAAGUUAGUAUUUAUUAUUCCUUGUAACUUGGACGAUUGAUAUGAUUAUAUUAUAAAUACAGGGACUCUGUGAAGGAGUGAACGAUGCUACCAACGAGCAGGAAUAAUGUAGAUACGUGUAGAUAUUUAACCUGUAGAUAUUGUAUAUUUAGCUAGCAACCGUUACUUUUUAGUGGUUAAUAAUGUUUAAAUGUGAACACGAUGUUUGUUGUAAAAUGGCUUUCGUAUUUUUUAA